UUGCCCCCGACUCGGAUUGUGAUCUUUAAUUUCGAUUCGAAUAUUUACAAAUACCCCCCUGUACUUUACAAUUUGCCCCCCGAUUCGGAUUCGAUCCAGCGCAAUCCGGAUUUUUUGCGCACAACCCCCCCUGGUUUGCGUCUGCCUUCCGCCGCCGUCGCCUCCUGCUGCGGCCGCAGGCGCGAAGCCCCAUCCCGUCCACUCCCCUGAAUCCCGCAGCAAGGAGUGGAGGAGCUGCGCAUUUGAAGCUCAGGCGGGUCGGCGGCGGCGCGGCCACCCACCGAUGCCGCCGGCUACCGGAGCUGUGCUGCUUCGACGGCGACGAGGGCGAGAGGGCCGGAUGUGCUGAUCGCGAGUGGAUGAGAGCCGAGAAGGAAGCGAGGAGUCGGACGGCGAAUAGCUCUUCAAUGGCGGAGCUGCUUUGCGCGUCCAGAUCGAAGAAGCGGCGGGCUGGUGAAGAGGGGGAGGAAUCCGAAACGGCGGUGGCGGCGGCUCAAGAGGAGGACCGCAUCUCGGCGCUGCCGGAGGAUUGCGACUCGGCUGCGCAUCCUUCCAUCCGCACGGGGGCGCUCUCCAAGCGGUGGCGCGCCGCUGGCCCGCGCCGUCCUCCCUGGCUCCCUCAAUCUCCACCUCCGCUCCGGCGAUGCCCCGAAGCAGCUCCUCGGGUCACUCUAGCGCCGCGGCCUGCGCCGCCUGGACCGCUUCACUCUCACCAUGAACAUGAACAGGCGCCCGCCCACAAUGGCGCGUCCUCGACGGCAAGGACCCCCAGCGCUUCCUCGACUACGCCGCACCACAUCGAUGCCGCAAAUCGUGUCGUGAGCAUGUUCUCCACGUUCACCUUCCCGCCGGGCUGUUCGCACCUCGCGCGCCUCGUCCUCCGUCACAUCACUCGUGUUUCCUUCGGGUGCUGCCGGUGUCCCCUGCUGGAGAGGCUCUUUGUGCAGCUCCCAUCAAGCAGCCAUGAUACCUUCGUGGACAAUUCCUUGGAGGUGGCAGAGGAAGAUGAGCCAGAUGCAGUGCUAUUUGAGGUAGAUGACCCCAGAUGAAGAGCUAUAUGUGGACGACGACCCAGGUAAAGAGGAUAAUGAACCAGAUGAAGAGCUAUCUGACGGAUAUGACGCUGAGGAAGAACUAUUAUUAGAAGAACUUUCAGAGGUAUACGGGCUUAAGGAAAGGCUAGACUAUGAAGAUGUUUAUGAGGAAGAUCGUCCUGAAGAAAAUGUGCUAGAAGAUGAGCAAUUUAAGGAAGAUGUGCCAGGGGAUGAGCAAUCUGAGGAAGAUGUGCCAGAGGAUAAGCAAUCUGAGGAACAUGUGCCAUCAUAUGGCUUAAACAACCUUAUGUUUGCAAAGUUGAUGAAGUUCAAGGGCCAUUACUUUGAGAUGCGACUAGUAAGCUUUCUGUUGAGGAGGGCCACUGGUCUUCAGAAACUGCUAGUGGUACUUCCUCUCUGUGUGUGUGGUUUUGGGGGAUUACAUGAAGGCACUUGGAGGAGAACCAUUGGAUAUAUCCCGUUUUCUAGAGACAAUACUAUAUUUCGAAAAAAGCUUCACCAGAUGCUCAGAUAGUUCUGAGUGACUGUGAUUCUGCUGCAUUUCAGCCAGUGCAUUCUGAUGUGUUUUAGUUUGCCAUCAGUUGAAGUGUACAAGAUGAGAUAAGUAAGAACUUGUUCAAUGUGAUAUAAAUCAUAUAUCGUGUUGUAUGGUGACACUUUGCGUAUUCCCUUAUAAAUAGCACUGAAAGUAUGAUUUGUCAAUGUAACAUGAUCAUUUUUGCUAUUUAUGAAUUGUGGAACAUGAAAGCCAAAUAUUUGGUUGGUACUGUCCAUAGGCCGUAUUGCCAAAAGGACCAGGGAGUUGUAUCCCCUAGACAUUUUGUUCUAGAAGAAAAGUUGGCUAUCUGGAUCUGUUUUUAGUUCUGAGUGUAUGUUCUUACUAUCCCUGCUGAUCAGAAUUCAGUGCGACAGCUGGACAAGAAAUCUUGUAAAAUUUCUUCUA